AUGGAUGCGGUAAAGUCGGUAUUGAGUGCUGCGAAGAUGAAGAAGACUGACAUCCACGAGAUAUUGUUGGUGGGUGGAUCGACGCGUAUUCCGAAGGUGCAGACGAUGCUGCAGGACUUCUUUAAUGGUAGGCGAUUGAAUAGGUCGGUCAACGCAGACGAGGCAGUGGCGUACGGUGCGACAUUGCUGGCGGCCAAACUGACUGGCACUAUGACGAAGUCGAUGCAGCGCUUGAGGCUGCUGGACAAAAGUGGCAUUCUCCAUGUGUCAGUGGUGGAAAAGUCGUUAAGGAAGCAGAAGAGCAUCACGACUAUCAAUUACAAAGGUGGUCUGUCGGAGGAGGAGAUAGAACGAAUGAUGAAUGAUGCGGAGAAGUUCAAGCAGGUGGACGAGAAGGAGAGAAGAAGGCUGGCAGCGAAGAAUGGGUUAGUGGGGCACAUUUACAGCAUAAGGGAGGAAAUGGAGAGCGAGGGGAUGAAGCAAAGGACAUCGGAGGAGAAUAGACAAAAAGCGAUUAGGACGUGUGAGAAGAUGAUGAACUGGAUUAACAAGGAGAAGAACGCUAAAGAGGAGGACUAUAAACGAAUGUGGAGAACGUUGGAGGAGAUGUACACUGAUAUUACUAGGAUCCGAAGAAGUGCUGUUUCUGAUCACAGCGAUAUGAAAAGCGAUAUAGACAGAUGUGGACACCCAAACACCCGCAUUUGUAUCGUCGAAUAUAACAAGAAGCGACGGAUUUAA